AUGAUCCUGCUGUCGGAGAUUAAUGAGAACACGAUCAACCAGAAUCUCCAUGUGCGGUACGACCGCGACAAUAUUUACACCUACACGGGAACCAUCCUCGUGGCCGUGAAUCCGUAUAAGGAAUUAUACAUUUACGAUGAGGGACACAUCCAGAAGUAUCUUGCAAACAAGAUGUCCCAGCUGGAACCUCAUGUGUUUGCUGUAGCUCAGGCUUCCUACUACGAGCUCCAGAGCAAUUCCAAGAAUCAGGCCUGUGUUAUAUCGGGUGAAUCAGGAGCCGGGAAAACGGAAUCCACGAAGUUCAUUCUCCAAUAUCUUUGUGCCGUAUCGGCCUCGCAGAGUCAGGGUUCCUCCUGGAUCCAACAACAGAUCCUCGAAGCGAACACGAUUCUCGAGGCCUUCGGUAACGCAAAGACAGUGCGCAACGAUAACUCUAGCCGCUUCGGUAAAUUUAUCCAAGUCUGCUUUGAUCAGAGGUAUGAGAUCAAGGGAUGUGUCGUUCAGGAUUACCUCCUCGAACAAUCACGCAUCACCCUGGUAUCACCUCAAGAACGCAACUAUCACGUCUUCUAUCAGCUAGUCGCUGCAGGCCAAGCUUCAAAGGAGUUCGGCCAGCAGUUUAUGCUGGACGAAUGUUCGAAGUACAAAUAUUUGAAUCAAGGUGCCGAAGGAAUCGAAGGCGUCGACGAUGCCAAAAUGUUCGACGCUCUCCGGCUGGCUCUGAGCGUGUUGGGCAUCGAACAGGAUAUGAUGGAUGGCAUGUUCAGUACCCUAGCGGCGAUUCUAUGGCUCGGCAACGUCGAUUUCACCGAGAGUGGUGGGGAAGACGAAGGUUCAAAACUCACCCAUGAGGAUGAGGAGUCGCUAGUGAAGGUUGGCAAUCUUCUUGGACUAGAACUCACCCAGCUCAAAUACAUACUCCUCCAUAGACAGAUUAUUGUGCGAGGCAAUGUCACCGAAAUUCCCUUCAAACUUUCUGAGGCGCAACAAAAUCGCCACGCCGUGGCCAAAGCCCUGUACAGCCGUUGCUUCGCUUGGGUGAUAGACUUCAUUAACCGAUGCACAAGUCCGAAAGACAGAGCGACGGCUGCGGACACUGGACGUUUCCUUGGAGUUCUCGAUAUUUUCGGCUUCGAGGACUUCGGGUCGGAGAAGAACAGCUUCGAGCAACUUUGUAUAAAUUACACCAACGAAAAGUUGCACAAAUUCUUCAACCAUUAUGUUUUCUCGUUAGAACAACAUACGUAUCAACAAGAAGGCAUCAAAUAUAAGCAUAUCGAUUUUGUGGACAACUCGCUGUGUCUGGAACUAAUCGAGAAGCCACCCAAAGGAAUAUUGCGUCUCCUGGUCGAAGAAUGUCGCAUGCCGAAAGGGUGCGAUGGGAGCUUCGUGUCCAAAUUGCAUUCAGAGCUGAUUGAGCACAAUUAUUAUGUGAAGGGUGAGGACAGGAGACGCUGGGAAAGCGAGUUCGGGAUAAAACAUUACGCAGGAACCGUCAUGUAUAAGGCUCACGGGUUUUUAGAGAAGAACAAAGACGCUCAAGUAGAUGCGCUUUUUGAGCUCAUGCUCAAAUCGUCCAACUCGUUCGUGACAGACCUUGUGAGAUUCCGUGAUUUGCUGGAAAUCACAUUGACUCGCUCAAAUGAGAACCAGGUCAUCGAUGACCCCAGCCUUGGAAUCAAUGAUCUUAUCUUGCAGCUAACCGGCGAUGCAAAGCCGACGCAGAUGACAAUGUCGCGAACCAUGAGCAAGUCGAAACCAACGGUGGCCGAUGCCUUCAGACAGCAGUUGACGGCUCUCGUCGACGUGCUCCACUCAACGAAUCCGUGGUACGUUCGCUGUAUCAAGCCAAACUCGCUCAAGAAAGCUUCGUUCUACGACGAGCAACUCGUAAUGGACCAACUGAAAUACUUGGGGAUGAUGGAAAUAAUCAAUAUCCGCCGCAUGGGAUAUCCCGUUCAUCUCGAGCAUAAGGAAUUCGUCUUGAAGUAUCGCUGUUUGAUGGGCACACGGCGGUACUCGAUAAAACGGUCUCAGAACGCGAUCGAUUCGGUCAAGAUCAUCCUGAAUUUCCUCAAAAUGAAGGAUCUCGAUUGGCAAAUCGGGAAAUCCAAAGUGUUCCUCAGGAGCUCCGUCUCCAACGUACUCGAAGAGAUGAGGAAGAACAUUCUUCAUGACAGCGCGAUCGCGAUCCAGCGCCGUUAUAGAGGCUGGAAGUGCAGAAAAGAAUUUUUGCGGAAGAAAACAGCUGCCACGAAGCUUCAGCAAUACUAUCGAGCUCGUUGCGACAAGAUUCGAUUCAACAAGAUGCGGCGAGCCGCCAUCACGAUCCAAGCCUUCGUCAGAGGAAUGUUUGCUCGGGAAGUCGCCUCAGCGUUGCGCGAGCGCAAGAAAGUGGAAGAGGCUUUGGAGAACGAAAGAAUCCGACAGGAGAAGCUCGCCCAAUCCAGAGAGCUGCAAGAGGCUGAAGAUAUCAUUAAGGCGGCGCAAGAAGAAUUGGCCGUGAUCACCGAAAUGGUUCAAGUCAAACAGGCUGGACAGAAACUCAACGAAAUCGAGAGUUCAGCCGAGUCGCAAGAAAAAGAUGGUGUUCAAGUCGAUCUCGACCAGAUGUUCUCGUUCCUCAGUGAGGUGCAACAGACUCCCCUGGAGGAGAAACAAAUCACAGACCCGACCAACGGUUCCUCGGAAGCCGUCGGGAACGACAAGGGGGAGUCCCGUUCCGAACCCGAGCAACACAUUCCAAUACAGCACAAUGGGGUCGCUGACGACGAGCGAGUUCCAGUGGAUCCAAAAGAAAUCGAACCAAGAUCCAAGGAACCUAUCCAAUCCCUGCAACCGUCGUCGACGGUAUCGAGCAAGGGCGAAGCUGCUAAGCUGCCUCGCACCGCCUCGCCAAUCAAACCAGAAGACACCGAUUCCGAGUGCAACGGUGAAGACGAUGAAGAGGAGCCCCCUCCGCCACCCCCGAUGCCUCCCCAAGGUCUGGGGGCUCUCCAUGCUCAGCAGACCUUGCCGCAAGAGAAGGACAAGAACAAGUUACAAGUACUCACCAGCAGCCCCUUCGCAUCGCAAGCCCCUUCGACGCCAGUGCGGACGCGGCAUGACAGCAGCACGAAUCACAGUAACGCGGAAAGUGCGACAGAAAACGCUGAGCGAGAGCUGCGGCGCAAACAACGUGUCGAGAAGAAGCUCAGCGAAAUGCAGGAACAACAGGAGAACCGCAAGAGCCGCAUAGCUUCCGAGCCCGCCUCGGCAACCUCCAUGCUGGAAUUCGCUCAACUUCAUUUCGCAAAACAUCCGAAAGAGUUCUAUCAAAGCUCUCAGACGACCCAAGUCAUGCGCACGCUGACGCGGAGACGGAAGACGAUAACGAAUUCGGAAGCUGUGCCUUUCGAAGAGAUGAUCGCCUAUUGCAAGCAGGGAGCGAUUCCCGGGCCUCAUCUGAAAUCCAUAAGAGACACGGAGAUGAUUCAGAACGCUUGCAGCAACUUCAAAGACCUUAGCAAAUACGUGAAGGGAGACAUGCAUCCCGACGGCGAGAUGCUCUACAUACAGACAGUAUGCCAACUCGGCAUCGAACACGAAAUCCUCCGGGAUGAGAUUCUUGUGCAAAUCACUCGUCAGGCGACUGGGAAUCCAUUGGGGCGGGAGGCCCUAAGUCGACUGUGGCUCCUCGUUGCCUGUUGCAUCGGCUGCUUCAAGCCGGGCAAAGUCCUACUGAAGUACUUCAGUGCCAUUGUGCGAGAGCGGGCCAACGACGAGACAGAAGAUGUAGAAGUUCGAUCAUUCGCUCAGUACGCUCUCAACGAGCUUAACGCUGCCGGAACCAGUGUUGUGGGACGACGGUGUCCGCCCUCUCAGCAUGAAGUUGACGCGGUGCGUCGACGGGAGCCGCUUCUCUGCCGCCUGUAUCUCAUGGACGGGCGCAGCAAGGCUGUCGAAGUGCAGGCAUCGACUACGGUCUUGCAAGCCACGAAAGCCUUAGCUGAAAAAAUCGGACUCAAGAAUACCGAGGGCUGGACAAUCUACGAAUAUAACCCUGACAGGCAUCAAGCAUUGAAAGCGUACGACUACAUCGCCGACAUCGUCUACCAGUGGGAAUUCCACAAGCGAACCUCUGCGCAACUGACGAAGUACUCGAGCGUCACGAAGAAGACGACAAGUCUCGCCGUCGGCGCGGGAGACUGUAGAUUCCUGUUCAAGAAACGACUCUUCAAAGCCAUUCGUGAGAUCCCGCAAGACCCAAUCGAAGUAGAUCUACUGUAUGCUCAAGUCGUUCACGACGUCGUCAAUAUGGAUUACUAUCCUGUGAUGGAGCGCGUGGCACUGCAAUUGGCCGGUCUUCAAGCCAGAGUGAUAUUGGGUGAACCUGGCCAAACAACGCCAGAGGAUAAUCUGGAGAAGUUCGGGAAAAAUCUACCCGGAUAUCUUCCACGGAGAAUCAGAGAUCGUAGGAGCGAACUCGAAUUCUCACAGGCCAUAGCAGCGGCUUAUAAAGCAUAUGGCAAAGAUAAAUCCGAACUGGUCUGCAAGGUUUGGUACUUAUCGAUCGUGAUGCAGUACCCCCUGUACGGCACCACUCUCUACCCUGUCAAGUGUCGCGGUUUCUUGACCUACGAUCAUCAGAUGCUGCUGGGCAUUUCGGCUGAGGGUGUUUUGUUGGUGAACGCCGAAACUAAAAGUAUACUGAAUGCCUACCGCUACAACGAACUCGAGAGUGUCCGUGUUGCGAGCGACGAAGAUAGCAUCACGUUCACUCUCCCCAAAGAUGUGCCUGACAUUCAUAAGUGCUACAUGUUCGAAACUAGAGAGAAAAUGGAUAUAGCCAAUCUUAUUUCCUCGUACGCGCCGAGCAUCGCCAGCUGGCUGAAGCCGACGUUCGAAGUCAACGUGAAGACGCGUUUGGCAUUCGAAGACAGAAUGAAGCUGCACCAAGAAGUUCUGAAGUGUCGCAAGAACGUCGUUGAUACCGGCUUACUCAACAAACCAGACCAGGACACGGGCAACAUAUUCAAGAAUACAUUGCGGAAAUUCCAUAAGGGCGCCACAAAGUACAGCAGUCUGCGUCAGGAGUACGCUGCCGAGGGUUACAAGUCGUUCGGACACGAGUAUUGGGCUUUCAGCAGGAUGCCUUUGGGCCACUCGCUGUUGGUGAUCUCUGAUCCGGAACUUGAGAGCGCGGCGCGGCGCCUGUUCUCAUGCAUUCUGAUAUUCUCAGGACUCCUAGAAGAGGACGACGACUGGCACGGCCAAAGGGACCUGAUCCAGAUGGCUCAGUGGAUUGUAGAAUGUGGGAUGCGAAGAGACACACUCCUGAACGAGCUGUUCUUGCAGCUCAUCAAACAGACCACCGAUCAUCCAGAGCCGAACAGCAGAGCCAACGUUCGCCAUUGGCAACUGUUGGCACUCCUGUGCUCACUAGUGCUUCCAACCCAGAAACACAUCCUGCAUUAUUUGCACGCACACCUUAAACAUUGUGCCAUGGACGUUGUGACCGAGGAAGGUCAGUUUGCUCAAUUCUCGCUGAAAUGUCUCCUUAGAACGAUGGAAACCCGCGGUCGGAAAUGGCCUCCGUCUCGCGAAGAGGUUUCGUGCACCACCCGGCGACAUCCUUGUAGGACCAGGAUCCAGUUCCUCGACGGCCAACUACAACAAGUCGACUUCGACCCGUGCACCAGUGCUCAGGAAGUUGUCACUGUAAUAAAACGGCGUCUCAAUUUGCGUCAAGACGCCGAGGGCUACUCCCUCUACGAGGUCAUCGGUACCACGGAGCGUGCAAUGGCACCCGCGGAGAAACUCGGAGACACGCUUUCGAAAUGGGAAAGAUGGACGCAGCAGCAACAGAUCAAGAAAGAGGCCGCGGCCGCGACCGGUGCUAAUAGCGAGUUCAACAAUAAUGCGAAAGACGAUCUGAAGCCGCAGAAGCAGCAAAUUUUCCUCUUCAAGAAACACCUCGUCAUUGACACACUCGUUGAUUUGAGCGAUCCAGUCGAGGAGGAGCUGAUCUUCCAUCAGCUGGUGUAUAACAUUCGAUUGGAUCGCUUCCCAAUAAACUCGCAAGAGGCGGUGAUGCUCUGCUCGCUGCGUGCUCAGCUGGAUUACGGCGACUACAAAGGGGACACAAUCGUGGACUACCGCAAAGUAAUGGCUCAGUGUUUGCCGAUGCGACUGUUGAAACAACUUUCGGCCGAUGCAGUCGUGGCCCAACAUCAAAUCUUGGGUGGAAUGAGCGUCUCGCAAAGCAAAGGAGCCUUCUUGGCCCUUUUGCGCAGCUGGCCGCUAUGGGGCAGUAGCAUUUUCGAAGUUCAGCAGAGCACCACCUGCUCGUGGCCGAAACUGCUCUGGCUCGCAGUUGAUCAGACCGGCUUACAUCUGCUGGAGAUCCGUACGCGCAACGUACUGUGCACCUGCGAGUAUGAGAACAUUGUUAACUAUUCGCCAUCGCUCAACUCGAUUAUCGUUUUCACGCAGAGCCAACGACAUCUCGACUCCCAUCCGGACACUCAGACCUCUCAUCCGCAGCGCCAGAAGGGAUCAAAGUACAUUUUCAACACUAAUCAAGCCCUUCAGAUAGCUCAUCUUAUCAAGGACUACGUGAACGCGUUGCAGCUGAAACGCAAACCACGUGAAUGCAAACGAGCCGUUACGACAACUCUCGAUACGUCGGACCGUUGGGGAGGAACUUACGGACGAAAUAUGUACACUGACAUCAUCUAA